CCCACCUUUACCAUAGCAUUUGCAACAGAUAAUUUCACACCACAACAUGACAAAAGUGUUCAUUACCGGUGUCACCGGCUAUAUUGGCGGGGAUGUCUUAUCGCAGCUGCACCUUCAGUACCCGGACAUAGUCUUCAGAGUGCUGGUCCGUACCGCAGAUAAAGGGAAGAGGAUCCAAGCUCAAUACCCCGGUGUACAAUUGCUAUUCGGCGACCUGAGCAACCCCACUCUCCUUCAACAGGAAAGUGCCGAUGCCGAUAUUAUCAUCCACUGCGCCGACGCAUCCGACAACGUUGUGGCCGCUAACGCCAUCGUCACGGGGAUUCUCCAGGGCCAUAAUCCCCAGAAACCAGCUUAUUGGAUCCAUACCAGUGGCGCCGGGAUCUUCAGUUACUUGGACACUGACGCGCAGACAUACGGAAUGGCACGUGAUGACGUUUUUGAUGAUUGGUAUGGUAUUCAGCGGAUUCUAAACAUCCCGGACCAUGCAUUCCAUCGAAACGUGGACAAGAUUGUCCUUGAUGCCGCGAGGGCUCAUCCCGACGUUCUUCGCGCUGCGAUCAUCUCCCCAACUACGGUAUAUGGUAUCGGUCGCGGUCCCUGUUCCCAGCGCAGCCGACAAGUGUACGAGCUGGCGCGAACCGCCCUGAGGCGCGGAAAGGCCCCAUAUAUCAGCCCGGGCCAGUCAUUCGGGUGCAAUGUCCACAUCCACGAUCUAACCGAUUUGUAUAUACGGUUUUUCCAGGCUGCACUGGACAGAACAGAGGGGUUGUGGGGAUCGGAUGCUUACUUCGUUGCGGAGAACGGGGAGCAUCGCUGGAGUGAUGUGGCACGAUCGAUUGCCAAUGUAGCAGUGGCAGAGGGGUACUUGUCUCGUGUCGAGAUGGCGCCGCUUAGUUUCGAGGAUGCGAAAGCUUUGGCAGGAUUUGAGGCUGCUAGUUGGGGACUGAAUGUUCGGUGUUGUGCGAUUAGGGCGAGGAAGUUGCUUGGUUGGCAACCGUCGAGUUUGAGUCUCGAGGAUGAAUUGCCUCGUAUUGUGAGGGAUGAGUGGGAGUUACUUCAACGGGAGAAGACUAAUGAUGUGGUUUGAUUUGAGCUGAUAUUAUGGGCACAAAAUGGAUCCAAUCAUGUUCUGUG